AUGAAAGCGAGGUGUCCCCAGAAAUACGAAGAGGAAGUAGAGCAAGAGCAGCAGGAAGAGGAAGAAGAACAAAGAGUUGAGGCACAAAUGCAAGUAAGCAGAAAGAAUACAGAAAAUGUGGGAGAAAAGUAUACAGUAGGAAAAAGAAAGAAGAGAGAAGAAAACGUGAAUUCGCCACCCAAGAGUCCGCUGGAAAAGAGAAAGGAGAAUAUAGAAGAGACUCAGUGUGUAAGACCAGCCAUACCAAAGGGAAUUAUUACGGAGGAGAAAAUAAGUGUGCGGAAAAGAAAGGAAGAUAGAAGAGAGAUACCAACAACAACGAGUGAGAGAGAUACAGAGAAUGAUGAGACACCGAUACCAGGAAUGUCAGAAGAGAAUAAUGAUGGAAAGCGGGAAGAGAUACCAAAAGGAAAACACAUUAGGACUAUGAUAAACUAUUAA